CCUACAGCGUCCCCAAACCUUGACAAACGGUGUGCAGAAAUGCAGGAUCGGCGGUCCGCUCUGUCUUAUUAACCCGGUCACCACCGUCAACUCGCCUCUUCAAUUUGCUCGCCCUCUGUCCAUCACCGGCUUCGUUGUCUACCCAACCAUGCCAUCUGCGAUUGCUACCUCCACUGCUCGCGCUCGUACACUUAACGCUGACAUCUGGUAUGCCGGAAAGGGUCAGUAUAGCGAGGGCGGCGGCGGGUCGUCGUGCGGACUUGCUGCAUUGAACUGCGCUCGGGUUGUCUUGGGCUUGGAGCGAAAGGAGCCCCAGGAUGGCAAUAUUCUGGACAUUAUGUUACAGCAUGACACCACAGAGGAAAUUCUGCGGCCGUGUGCAUCUUGGUCUUCUGCGACCCAUCUGGACGUCGACGACAUAUACAGAACUCCAAUCUUCAACAAGUCACUCAAGCUGCUGCAUACUUCCUUCGGUCGCCCGAAAGUCCAGGAAUUCAAGCACGUCCUAGCACGUCUUGCACAGACAACGCGGACAACCGGGGCUUCGGCCAGUGUUGUCAUCACCCGCCCGCCAGAGAUCAUCUCUUGCCUGAAGCUUGUCACGAUGACAGGUGGUGCAGAUUCGUUCGUCGUCUAUGACUCUCAUCCGCGACCCGAACAUCCCGAUGGCGCGGCCUUCAUCGUUUUCAAGUCACUCGACAAUGCGGCCACGUAUAUUGCCCGGCUUAUGAACUACGAAGAAAGCCUCCUGGCUGACGACGACACUCAGUGGCAGGUGCAGUACCUAGCGCAGUUCUCUGCGCACAUCUUCGCCGCUCGCCCCAUGCCGUUCACGGCCAAGGAGUUGGAAGAUGCGACGCUGGAGGCUAGUCUUGACAUUCUGAACCUGAAGGCGAAAGCCUCGGAACUGGAGAGUCAGAAGGAGAACCUCUUGGCAGAUCAGACGCGCUUGACCAGCAGAGUCGCUGUGUUGGAAGACGAGCUCCGAGUCACUGAGCUCCGCGAGCAGAACUGGCGUCAACUACGCAGAGACGACAAGCGUCCUCGGUUCGGAGGCCUAUUCAAAGACUCGGACCAAGGCGCAGACGAUGCUCGAGCACGGAGCUUCUCUACAAAGCGCGGUCUGGGGAGGCUAUACACUAGUAUAGUCCCUAACGAUGGUUGGAGAGAAGGUUGGUAUGAUUCACCACGCGCCUCCGGCUCUAACACCAGAAAUUACCGAAGCGACGUUUCUGGACAACAGUCCGACCUAGCCAGAACCAGAGACCUAGCACAUCUGAGUAGUAGCGCCAUGAUUGCUGAGGAUGCGAGACUCGCUGCCACGCUGCAGCGUGAAUUCGAGCGCGAGGACUCGCAACUGGCCCGUCAGAUGCAAGAGCUGCUGUGGGCAAAUCCUAGCACAUUCGAGUGUGGGGUUUGCUUCGAGACAUGCCCGAUCGAAGAUGUUGCCGAAGUUGAAUCGUGCGGACACCAAUUCUGCAGAAGUUGCAUACGAGGGUUCGUGGCGGCGAAGAUCGAAGAACAGCAAUAUCCGAUCAUGUGUCCGUCGUGCGCUGUGGACGCACGGAAGGGGGGCCCGGGAGUGGUAGAUGGAGCACUCCUGCAGCAGCUCGGUCUAUCUGAAAAGCAAGACGCGGCAUUCCACGAGAUACAAAUGGCUGCGUUCGCAGUUCUACUACACUGUCGGCACUGCCAGAACUCGAUGUUUGUCGACAGGGAGGAACUUGCGACUGCCGAUGUUGUGACUUGUCCUUUAAGUGACUGCAAGGCUACGUGGUGCAAAAAUUGCUCUCAAGAAGUUGUCUCUGGCGGACCGAAGCAUUCGUGUGAUGGCACGUCCGAAUUUCAACAUCUCAUGGAAAGUCGAGGGUGGCGGUACUGUCCAGGAUGCCAGACACCGACGGAGAAGAUCGACGGCUGCAACCACAUGACGUGCCGGUCCCCGGGAUGCAACACGCAUUUUUGCUGGCAUUGUGGUCAAUCAAUAGUCCGCUCCGUGCAGGGGGAUGAAAUUCGGUCUGCGUUGCAGACUCACUUUGCCACCUGUCGUCUCUUUCAAGAUGUUCCUGAGGAUGCGUGAGCCCCAACGUUGCAGAUAUGACACCUCUGCAAUUGUUGUUUUUAUUGUAUUAUAUUGUUUGUUCUAUCAUG